UGGCAACUCAAACGCCCCACCCUGGAGCCGCCUUGGUUGCUAACUGAGAGCUCAAGGGUGUGGCUACAGGGAAGGAGGAUCCCGGCUGGGACUGAGCAGGAGAAGUCGCGCUUAGGGUGUGGCAAGCGAAUUUCUCCCGGCGCUCUUUUAAAGGCCUCUUUAAAAGCAGCCUUUUAAUUCCUUCCCACUCCUAGCAAGAACCGGCGAGCGGCAUUUUUUGAUAUCCUCGCCAUCGGCUGAGUUUGCUCGCUUCUCGUCUGAUCAACCCUCCCGGCAGCUAUGGCGAAGUACACAAGAGGCACUGUAAAGGAUUUCCCAGGCUUUGAUGCCAGAGCGGAUGCAGAGGCCCUUCGUAAGGCCAUGAAAGGCUUGGGAACUGAUGAACAGCCAAUCUAUCAAAUCCUAACAGCCAGAAGCAAUGAUCAGCGCCAGGAAAUUGCUCUUGCUUUUAAAACCCUAUAUGGUCGGGAUCUGGUUGAUGACCUGAAAUCAGAACUGACAGGCAAAUUUGAGACUCUGAUGGUCAGUUUGAUGAGACCAGCCCGGCUUUAUGAUGCUCAUGCACUGAAGCAUGCUAUUAAGGGGGCAGGAACCGAUGAGAAAGUCCUGAAUGAAAUUCUUGCAUCCAGAACGCCUGCAGAAAUCCGGAAUAUAAAGCAAGUUUAUCAGGAAGAAUAUGAAGCCGAUUUAGAAGAUCAUAUAACAUCGGACUCAUCAGGUUUUUACCAAAGGAUGUUGGUAGUUCUUCUUCAGGCUGGUAGAGACCCUGAUGGCUCAAUUAAGGAGAGCUUAAUUGAGCAGGAUGCUCAGGAGCUGUUAAAAGCAGGUGAGCUGAAAUGGGGAACAGAUGAAGAAAAGUUCAUCACCAUCCUGGGAACACGAAGCAUCGUUCACUUAAGGAAAGUGUUCGAUAAAUACAUGACCAUUUCUGGCUUUCACAUUGAAGAAACUAUUGACCGUGAAACUUCUGGGCAUCUGGAGAAGCUGCUUCUGGCAAUUGUGAAGUGUGUCCGAAGCGUUCCUGCAUUUUUCGCUGAAUCUCUGUUUCAUGCAAUGAAAGGCGCCGGUACUGACGAUGAUACCCUGAUCAGAAUCCUAGUUACAAGAAGUGAAAUUGAUCUGUUGGACAUCAGGCAGGCUUUCAGAAGAGAUUUCUCAAAAUCUUUGUACCAUGCAAUUCAGAAAGAUACAUCUGGGGACUAUAGGAAUGGCCUUUUGAAUCUCUGUGGUGGCGAAGAUGACUAAGGCUUGUAGCGGAUGGAAGGAUAGCAUCUUAACAGCUGCUUUUUGACUUAUUUGUAUCUUUGUACAGUCAAGCUAUAUAUUUGCAUUUAUAGCUGCAACUGCCUUUGCAUUCCCAUUGCCGUCCUUACUGUCAAAUUCAAUGUGAAUGCUGUUAGUAAAGUGAUUCAGCAGUUCAUACUGAAAUCCAUAUCAGACACCUCAAAACAGAAUUACCAUUUUGCCCCAAAGAGCUUUUUCUAUUCCACACCCCCCGCCCCGGUGUCAUUUGGAAAAGUUUAGAUUUUGCAUUCUUCUGUUAAAACUCAGUAUAGCCAGUUGGAAGUUUGCACGAAUAUCCUUAACCCAAAGACUUCAAAAGUGCCUAAUGGGCGUAACCAUUUUUUUGGGUAGAAGAUGAAAAAGCCAGAAACAUGUUAUUUUUCUGCUCGCAGAAGCAACACCUGUUCCAAGAACUAAAUCCAAACUUUUAGCAACUUUAACUAUAGUUUGAACAUCUAUUUAUAGUUAAUUGGAAGAAAGCAUCUGCUAUUGGCUUUACAGUUGUAAACUAUGCAUGACCUGUAUUAAUGUUUUAUAUUUGGUGUUAUUACAAGCGCUAACUAACCCAGUAACUGAGUUGUCGUUUGAAAAAUAAAGGACCAAUAAUGUGCAAAUAAAAUAAUGAGCAUUAAAGGA